UUGCGCCAUGUCUGCUACUAUAAAAUGGGGUUUGACGUCGUCUCAGAGUAUCAUUUGCUUUCUUACGAUAACAAGAAUACAAUAUAACAUAUACAAAAUGAUGAAACUUAUCGUCCUCGUUGCCGCGUUCGUCGCCAUGGCAUCCGCCAAGCCAGCUUUGUUAAGCGCUCCUCUGGUGGCCGCCCCAGCACCUAUAGUUACAGCCAGCAGCUCUCAGUACUUCCACCGCAUCAACAAUGGUCUUGCUGCCUACGUCGCUGCCCCUGCCGCCUACGUUGCCUCAGCUCCCUAUGUAGCUGCCUCCGCUCCUUAUGUCGCCGCGUCACCUUAUGUAGCAUCCCCCUAUGUUGCGUCACCCUACCUCGCUUCUCCUGCCGUUGUUGCUGUCUAAAUGAACCCACUAUAUUAUGAUAUAUUAAAAUGCCUAAAAUAUA